AACGAAAAACUGGGACAAUAUUAGGUCAAAGGGCAGCAAGAGCAGCAAGCAGUCAACAUGGCUCGUCUUACGGUAUCGUGUCUUUUACUUGUGGUGCUCUACUUUUUCAGCACAUGUCAAGCACAAGAGUUAAUAGCCAAAGAAUUGGACGAAGCAAGCUACAAUAAUUUCAUCAAGUCAUCCACGGUUACUGCUGUAUAUUUUUUCAAAAAAGACUUUCCUGGUUUAUCAAAGUUCUUAAAAGAGUAUGAAAGGUCUGCAAGAAUGUUAGCUGUGUUUAAUAUUAAACUAGCCAAGGUAAGCUGUCAACAAUAUGCAGUGCAGCCAUAUUGUUCAAAGAAGAAUUCAGAGAGAAGUGUUUACACAUUUAGGGAUGGUACAGAAUUCAUGGAUUUGGAAUUGGAUACCAUGUUUGAUGUGGAUUCUAUCAUAGGGAAUUUGUUGCAAUUAGCUCUUUUAGAAGAAGUGCCCAUUAUCAGUACUGAGUCGGAACUUGGGGAAUUGCAGAAAAGACACCAGGGACAGAAUGAUAUUGUAUUUGCAUGGCUGAAAUCAGUUGGAAGUUAUGAGCAUAGAAUUUUCAUGUGGGUUGCUUUUGUUUACCACACCAAAGGCAUCAAAUUUGCACUGACAACAGACAAGAAAGUUGUCAGUAAAAUGAUUGAUGGUGAUACCAACAAAAAAGCUCUGAUGUGGGUCUUUCGUUGUAAACAGGCUACAACAGGCAAGUGUGACAGUAACCAGUAUGAAGGCAAGAUGGACUUGGCCUCUGUUAUUAAAUACAGCAAAACUCUAUAUCUGCCAUUAGUGCACCCAUUAGUAGACUCGACAACUCCAUAUGACAAUGAGAUGAAGGGAAUUGUCUAUGUGAUGCACAGUGGACAGAUAGAGAAAGUUUAUGUGGAUAGCGUAGCCAUGAAAUUAGCUCUCACUUUUGAAGGUGUUGCUGGGGUAGUUACAGUUGAUGUAGAUAAAGUUGGAAAGGGUGUACUUCAGUCAAGAGGCCUCCAGCCACCCUCUGAGAUUCCAAAUAUUGCCGUCCAAAUGCUGGAGCCACAGAAGAAGGAUGUUUCAUAUAUGAAUGACGAGUUCUCUGAGGGAAAUGCCUUGGCAUUUGUUACUAAGUUCAUGCAAGAUUUCCUUGAAGAAACCACAUCAGGCAGUGAGGAGGACACACAGGAGGAGAUGGAAAUGGAAUAUGAGGAGGAGGUGGAGGGUGAAGAUACUCAAGAUGAUGCAGUGGAGGAAUCCGUGUUCAGGUUGAAACUGGCAGAGGAAAUUAUAAACACAACUUUCAUACCCACUCUCACAGAUAAAACAUUCCCAACUACUAUCCAAGAGAAGGACCUUGUUGCUGUUUUGUUUUACUUCAAGAUGGAUGCGGAAAGCAUGGCUUUCCUUCGCUCCUUUGCUGAUGCCUCCUUGGAUGUUUAUACAAAUAGUGCUGAUAGUCCUCUAGCGAGCAUUGAGUGCUGGGAUUGGACUGAUGUGUGUGGCAAACAAAACAUUACCCAGUACCCUGUCUUAAGAAUAUACCGUAAGAAUAUGGAACCAGUGGAGUACAAAGGCAUGUGGGAUGGAGACACUGUUAUUAAAACUGUAAAAAUGUACCAAAAGCCUGUUCCAGUAACCCUGGAAUCUGAUGAAAAACUUUCCCAGUUCAUAGCCAGCAACUUGCCUGAACAGACUGACAACAUAUAUAAUACUUCAGUUUUAGCACUGUUUAAUGAUGCUUCUCGAAAAGAGACAGAGACUUUUAACAAGGUUGCAGAAAAGCUACGGGCAGAAGCUGUGUUUGGUUUGGCUGUAGACCUUGAAACGUCCAAGAAAUAUUUACAAGAAAACUUUAAGGCAAAGUCACCAGCUAUAGUGGUUUUGAAGACAGCAGAUCCGUUCCAACCUCAUGUUAUGUACCGUGGAUCCCUCACAAAUGAACAAGAACUAUCAGCAUUUGUGAAACAAGCUCGGCUGCCUGUGUUUCCUGAGUUGACUCCAAUGACACUUCCAUCCUACUACAGCAAAGGCUUGCCUUUUGUCAUACUAUUUGGUGAAGACUUCAAAGCAGAUGGAGUGCAUGCAACUCUUGGCCAUGUUGCAGCCAGUGGGGAAGUGCCACAGAUGCAGUUUGCCUGGAUGGAUGUGUAUGAUGAUAUUAGUUUAGGGACAGUGCUUCUGAAGAAAUAUGUCAAUAACCCAACAUUUCCUGCUGUUGUUGUUGUCAACCACAAGGAGGGAAAAGUUCAUGUAUAUAGCAAGACUGAUACGAGUAGGGAGGCCAUUAUGAAGUGGCUUCAAGAUGUCCAGAAUGGGAACAGUGAGGCAACCGUGUCUUUGCCAAAGGGUGAUUGGAAACCAUUGAAACCAGGUCAUGAUUUCCUACCUUUGGUGUAUCCAGACGGUGGAGAUUCAGCUCCUCGUCCUGUUGACGAUGAUAAAAGAGAAGAAUGGCUAGGAACAGGGCACGGCGAGGAACGUGAUGAUAAUGACAACAUGGCUGCAACACAUGAUUCGAUAACAGACAGCAACUCCGAUAAGGAGGACGAGGUAGCAGAUGUCCUAGAGCUUAAAGAUAAAUCACGAAUCUACCACCACCACCACCACCACCACCACUCAGAAAACAAGCAACAGAAGCCUCAAGAUGGAAAAAGUACCAUGGAGCACAUACACACUGAGCUCUGAUUACAAUGUAGCUUUAAGCAACAGCAUUCUUAGUUUAAAAAGAGAGGCAUGUUCAGUGUAAGAAGCAUAAUUUUGCUUAGUUAGAUCACUACAGCUGUGCUUUAUUUAUUUAUUUUUUUUAAUUUUGUUAUUCAGAACUACUGUCUAUUCAGAUAUUGGUGCAGGAUUUCUUCAUUUUCAGAUAUUGGUGCAGGAUUUCUUCAUUAUUUUACUUUUGUGUUUUUGUUUGAUUUAGGAGUUAAUUACUACUAAGAAUCUUACUUAUAUCUUAUGUUAACCAAAAAAGGGUGCCUUGGGUAAAACCCCACUUGAUGCAUGAUUUUUAAAAUGUGUUGAAUUUAUUUUUUUAUGCAAGUACAUGGGCACUUUCUAUUUAUACAAAUUUAGAGAACUUGCAUGUCAUGCUUUAAGAAUCAGUUUUGAUCUUUGUCACAGUUACUUGUAUUUUUUGCUAUCAGAAUUGCCUAGAUUGUAGUUCUUUCAUUUCUUGUGUGCUUUGAAGGUGUGCAAUAGUAAGGAUACAAAAAUAUGAUAGUUGACUGGAAAGACACCAUUAAAUGUUUGAAUCUAAUUUUGAUAGUCAAAUAUGUCAGCUUCAUGUUCCCAAUCCAUUCCACUCAACACCAACAUCACUUUUCCUAUUUUAGUUCCCAAAGCAGGAAAUAUCUUGGGUUGAACAUAAAUCUGUUUCUUUAAUAUAGAUUUAAUUCAAUGCUCAUGGUAUUGAACAGGGAAUCUUAUCAUUCCAAGAUGGCUUUUUGCUUGAAUAAUGAAUCUUUGUUAAGGUGCUAUGGCUUCAUGUGAAGCAUUUAUGAUGGUGGAUAAGUUGUUUUGCUGUGGAAUCUCGUAGUUGUAAACUCUUGUUUUGGAAUGUGCUCUGUUUGAGAUUUGAAGUUUGAAACAUAUUCUGGUUAGUUAUUUUUACCAGAAAAAUAGUUAAUUCAUUUUAUUAAUUAAAUAAUAAAAUGAUCCCAUUGUUUACACUUAGUCAAUCAGUAGUAGCUAUUUUAUACUUAGUAGUUAACUGUGGUUAACAGGCAAGUGUGCUCAAUAAUUACAAGAAAAACAUUCCAAAAGCAAUCAUAAUGAUUGUGGAUUACAAUAUUUGUAGAAGUGUUUUUGGUAUUUCAUAUAUAACAGUGUAUAUUUUGAUUAUGCAUUUUAUUUGAUUUUAUUUCAAGAGAACAACUUGGCUUAGACUAAUUACCAAAGGAAUAAAUACCAUAAGACUUUCUAAUAUGUAAAAACUGUGAAUAAAUGCAAAAGAUUAUGCAGGGAAUUUGCAAGAGUUCAAUCUCGUUUAAAUGGAGAUUGGGGCAAGAUAAAUUUUAUUGUCUAAUCGUGUACAGAAAAUAUUAAUAUAUAUUUGAUAUUCAGAAGUUUAUAUUUUUUUAAUCUUGUACUUUUCUAAACUCUAACUUUGCUACUCUUAAACUUUUAUUAGUGAAAGACUUGAUGGUAACAUAUUAUGUAUCAGCCUUAUUUCAUUUCAUGCGUACUGUUUAGCUUACAAUUUUAUAGGAAGCAGGGCAUUUUAAGGGAAAUUUUAAUGAGAUUUAAGCCACGAGUUGUAAUUUUCCUAUCAAAUAUUGUAGCUCGCCUUUAAUUAGAAUUAAAAAUAUGAAAAUUUA